GCAUAGAAUCUCUCUUCCUCCCCAACUCAAAAUUCUCUGUGGGGGAAAGCUUCAAGAGUUGUCAUCUCCCCCAUGGCCUCUACAGCUCCCUGAAGAAUAUCUCCUACAAACUAGAAAGAUGCUAGAUUGCAAAGGACAAGCCAACACCGGCUUCCUGAGAACCGACUUCAAUCACAGCUGUCAGAAGAUACUUCCAAGGGAAUUUUCCUAGAAUCAGGUUAACAGUCAAGAUGGUACAUGCUGAAGCCUUUUCUCGCCCCUUGAGUCGGAAUGAAGUUGUUGGCUUAAUUUUCCGCUUGACGAUAUUUGGUGCAGUGACGUACUUUACUAUUAAGUGGAUGGUAGAUGCAAUUGAUCCGACGAGGAAGCAAAAAGUAGAGGCUCAGAAACAGGCAGAAAAAUUAAUGAAGCAGAUUGGGGUGAAAAAUGUGAAGCUUUCAGAAUAUGAAAUGAGUAUUGCUGCUCAUCUAGUAGACCCUCUCAACAUGCAUGUUACUUGGAGUGAUAUAGCAGGUCUAGAUGAUGUCAUUACGGAUCUGAAGGAUACAGUCAUCUUACCUAUCAAAAAGAAGCAUUUAUUUGAGAACUCUAGACUUCUGCAGCCUCCAAAGGGUGUGCUUCUCUAUGGCCCUCCGGGCUGUGGUAAAACGCUGAUCGCCAAGGCCACAGCCAAAGAAGCAGGCUGCCGCUUCAUUAACCUUCAGCCCUCAACCCUGACCGACAAGUGGUACGGAGAGUCUCAGAAGUUGGCGGCUGCUGUUUUCUCCCUUGCCAUAAAGCUGCAGCCAUCCAUCAUCUUUAUAGACGAAAUAGACUCCUUUCUAAGAAACCGUUCCAGUUCUGACCAUGAAGCUACAGCCAUGAUGAAAGCUCAGUUUAUGAGUCUCUGGGAUGGACUGGACACGGAUCACAGCUGCCAGGUCAUAGUGAUGGGAGCUACUAACCGUCCUCAGGACCUUGAUUCGGCUAUAAUGAGAAGAAUGCCCACGAGAUUUCAUAUCAACCAGCCUGCUCUUAAACAAAGAGAAGCAAUUCUGAAACUUAUCUUGAAAAAUGAAAAUGUGGAUAGACAUGUAGACCUGUUAGAAGUUGCCCAGGCAACUGAUGGGUUUUCAGGAAGUGACCUGAAAGAGAUGUGUCGGGAUGCCGCACUCCUCUGUGUCAGGGAAUAUGUUAAUUCCACAUCAGAAGAAAGCCAUGAUGAAGAUGAAAUCCGGCCUGUGCAACAGCAGGACCUGCAUCGGGCAGUUGAGAAGAUGAAGAAAUCAAAGGAUGCGGCGUUUCAGAAUGUUUUAACACAUGUCUGUUUGGAUUAAGAGCAAAGAUCGUUGUAAGUUCAGUGGUCUGGUUUGAUGUGCCCGCGUACCAGGUGGUAGAAAUGGAGUGGAAAGAGUGCCCUGUGAGCAGUGAGGGAGUUCAGUGUGUGAUUUUAUACUUUGAAUUCUAAGUUAUUGAGAUGCAGCUGUUGUAUAAACGGUAUUCCCACUUGUCAGAAUCAUGAGGAGGAACGGUUUGAUCCAGCCUGCGUGUGGGUGCUUGUGUCUGACCUCUUUAGCCAUAUGUUGUCACAGCCUUAUAGAAUCUAAGCUGGUCUUAAAGUAAUAAAUGAUUCAUUGGGUCUCGUGAGAAGUGGGUAUGUGAUUAGAGGUGCUGGUUCCCAGAUGUGUGAGUGUGUGUGAGUGAGUGUGAGUGUGUAUGUAUUAAAUGUAUAUAUCCACACAUUUUAUAUCAACAUUCUGUAGAUAUGUUUGAAUACAGAAACUUUUUUUUACCCCAGCUACUGAAUCCAAAAGUACCACAUAGUAUAUAGCAAAACAGGUUUAAUGCCGUGUCUAAAAGGUACAGUGAUUCAGCCGUUGCCAGGUGGUGUUUCAGCCUUUCUCGUUUGGGUAUUUCUCUGCUGCAGUUGUCAGGAUAAUCAGUACUUGUUCAGUGGUGAGCACUGAAUGGUUGUUAGGCAGUCCUGUAAUCAACAGAGUUCACUUCUUUCUGCAAGCACAUUGAUGAAUAGACUUUGUUGAAAGUUUUGAGUUGAUCGAAAUGGGUUUGAGAAACUUCAGUGUCCUUCAGUACAGGUGUGUAAUUUUCCUUUCCUCAUUUAAUGUAACAGAGUUCUGUUGUAACCAUGUUUUUCAAAUGUUGUUUUAAAGUUACAUGUUCUUUAAUCAGGAAAAAAUGAGUUUAAAACAAGUAACUGUUACUAAAUGUGUUAAAAAAAAUACUCAUUUUGUAAUUAGAAUUUUUAGUUUUCUUAUUAUCAGGAGUGCCCUAGUUAAGAACAGGCAUACACCUCAAAGUCCUCAUAUUGUAUCUGGAGUCAUUUGAUGUUAUGUGAAGCACACACAUAUGAAAGAAAAUUUUUUCAAAAUUUUCCUAUCAGUGUUUUGUUCCAGGCACUUAAACCCAUCGGGAAGAAAAUGGCACCACACAAUCCUGUGAUGCCUUCUGAAUCAUCAGAAAGAUUAAACCAUGCCUCAUGUUCUUGUUUUUGUUGCAUUUCUUUGAAAUCUUCAAUCUUUAUUCAUGAGUCACUGGACUAACUUCUCUGAUGUCUUUCAUGAGAACUUAUUGGAUAGUUUACUGUUCGCUUAUACUUUGAAUGGUGCAUAGAGAUUGCAGAGUAAUUUGGAUAACAAGUAUACAAAAUAUUUGAAGAUAAUGAAAAAUGGAAUGCAAAAUACAAGAUACCAAAAAUAAAAAAAAUUGUCCCAUUUUUAAUAACAUUAUUAGACUUAUUUUAUAAAUGUGUAAUAAAAGGGUCCUACAUUAUUUUUUCAUCUUUUAAUCCUUGGUCUUUUUCAAGUUACUUCAAAUUUUCUGGGGUAUUUUAAGUUUGUAGAGCUUGUAUUUGGAUGAUUUUUGUCUUCAGAUGGAAAUUCUAGAAUUCUGUUCAUUCUGUCUUUAAUGUGAACUUCAGUAAUCAUUUAAUUUUCACCUGGCAAUGUGUUACAUGAAAA